GGCGCGGAAUCCGCGGCCUGGAGGAGGAGGCGGCGGCGGCGGCGGCGGGAACACGUUGAUCAUGGCGGCCGGGCCCAUCUCCGAGCGGAACCAGGAUGCCACGGUGUACGUGGGCGGGCUGGACGAGAAGGUCAGCGAGCCGCUGCUGUGGGAGCUCUUCCUCCAGGCCGGGCCCGUCGUCAACACCCACAUGCCCAAGGACCGGGUCACUGGCCAGCACCAAGGCUACGGGUUCGUGGAGUUCCUGAGCGAGGAGGACGCCGACUACGCCAUCAAGAUCAUGAACAUGAUCAAGCUGUACGGGAAGCCCAUCCGGGUCAACAAGGCGUCGGCCCACAACAAGAACCUGGACGUGGGGGCCAACAUCUUCAUCGGGAACCUGGACCCCGAGAUCGACGAGAAGCUGCUCUACGACACCUUCAGCGCCUUCGGGGUCAUCCUGCAGACGCCCAAGAUCAUGCGCGACCCGGACACGGGCAACUCGAAGGGCUACGCCUUCAUCAACUUCGCCAGCUUCGACGCCUCGGACGCGGCCAUCGAGGCCAUGAACGGCCAGUACCUGUGUAACCGGCCCAUCACCGUCUCGUACGCCUUCAAGAAGGAUUCCAAGGGCGAGAGGCACGGCUCCGCCGCCGAACGCCUCCUGGCCGCCCAGAACCCCCUGUCCCAGGCCGACCGGCCCCACCAGCUCUUCGCCGACGCCCCGCCCCCGCCCUCGGCCCCCAACCCCGUCGUCUCCUCGCUCGGCUCCGGCCUUCCCCCUCCGGGCAUGCCCCCCCCGGGCUCCUUCCCGCCCCCGGUGCCGCCCCCGGGGGCCCUCCCCCCGGGGAUCCCCCCCGCCAUGCCCCCUCCGCCCAUGCCCCCCGGGGCGGGCGCCCACGGGCCCCCCUCGGCCGGCACCCCGGGCGCCGGGCACCCCGGCCACGGGCACGCCCACCCGCACCCCUUCCCGCCGGGCGGCCUCCCGCACCCAGGGAUCUCUCAGAUGCAGCUGGCCCACCACGGGCCCCACGGGCUGGGCCACCCCCACGCCGGACCCCCGGGCUCGGGGGGGCAGCCCCCGCCCCGCCCGCCCCCCGGCAUGCCCCACCCCGGGCCCCCUCCGAUGGGCAUGCCUCCCCGCGGCCCCCCGUUCGGGUCACCCAUGGGCCACCCGGGCCCGAUGCCCCCUCACGGCAUGCGUGGCCCGCCUCCGCUCAUGCCCCCGCAUGGAUACAGCGGGCCCCCCCGGCCCCCGCCCUACGGCUACCAGCGGGGACCCCUGCCCCCGCCCCGGCCCUCCCCGCGGCCCCCCGUGCCUCCCCGCGGGCCGCUCCGGGGACCCCUGCCCCAGUAGGACCCCGGGUGUCCGGCCCGGCUCUGCCCCUGC